AUGAUUUUCGAAAUAGGUGAGAUAUUUACAGUUUAAGAAUCAUUAAAAGAUGAGAAGAUAGCAAAGAAUUUGGAUUUAGAUGUUGGUUCUUUAAAUGAUUUUUUAGAUUUAAGAUCAACAGAUCCAAAUCCUAGAUUACCAAAUAGAAGAUUAGAUCGUAAGACAUAAAAAAGAUAAGAUUAAAUUCCAAAGAAAUUUGAAUAAGCUAAAGAAGAGAAAGAAACAGUUAAAGCAUCAGAAAUAAUUUCUAAUAUAAUAAAAGAUGUUUUUAAAAUGGACAUUAAUGAAUUUGAGUAAAUGAAUUCACCUGAAAAAUUAAAUAAAGAAUAUAAAUUUUAAGAAAUUGAUCCUGAAAAAAGGAAAUAUUUAAGAAUGAAAAUACCAUUACCAAAAAGAUAAGAAUAAUUUGAAUAGGAGUUAUUAAAUGUUAAAUCUGAUUUAAAACUUAAAAUAUAAGAGAUUAGAAUGCCAUAAUAAAAAAUAAUUGGAAAUAAUUCUUAAAAAGAUGAUAAUACUUUCAGUCGUCCAAAUUCAUAAAAGAUUAAAUAGAAUUCAAGUUCAAAUAAAUAGUUUUUUAAUUCAAGUAAUGAAGUGGAUGCAAUAGAUUCUCAUGUUUGGUUAUAAAGUAGAUUAGAUAGAAUAUUAAAAUUAAAUUCACAUAAUAUAGAUACAUAAAAAGCAUGGAAAGAAUAUUGGAGUAACAUUAAUUGUUCUGAUUUUAAAACAUUUUAAGAAUAUUAAUAAUAACAUAAAAAACCUUAAAUUGCAUAAGAUUUAGUAACUGUUAAUUAUGGAGGAGAAAAGGCUGGAAAAUAUUAAAAAAAUGAUAAUGAAAUAUCUGUUAACAUAAAAAAUUAAUCAUCAAUUACAAUUAAAAAUAAAUAGAUAAUGAAUGAACAUAUUCUUUAUUUGUCAAUGGUUUAACCUCCUUUAAUAAAUUUAUUAAGAGUAGAAUUUAUAAGAACUUAAUUAAGUGAAACUGCUUUUAAGAUUUUGUCAACAUUAUUGAGUGAAUGUAAAAGAUUAGAAUAUUUAAAUAUAUCUAGUAAUACAUAUCCUAGAAAUUAGAAUAUUAAAAUAUUAUUAUUAGAUUUAUAGAAUCUUAAAAUAUUGAAAAUGUCAGAUAUGAUGAUAUCAACAAAGUAUUUUUUAGAUCUUUGUGAAGUAUUAGUCUAAACAAAUAUUUAAGAGAUUGAUCUUAGUAAUAAUUUAUUAGAUCAUCAUGCUUAUGAUGCUUUAAUCACUUUAAUAAAAUAUUUGCCUUCAUUAACAUAAAUGGAUUUUUAAUAAAAUGAUAUUUUGUAGAAUAAUAAUUUGCCAUUAUAGAAGAAACAAUAAUCUUGGGAGUAUUUAGAAAAAGUUAAAUUGAGUUAUUAAAGGAGAGUAAAUAUUUUAUUAUGAAAAUUAAUAUUAAAUUUUAUGUUCUUUACAUAAACUAAAUUUCAUAAACUUAGUUCUUAAAAGGAUCUGAUGACAAAGAUAUAAGAUUUUGAAAUUAACACAAAUUUUGAUUCACCUAGAACAUAGAAGGCAUUACUAAAAAUGAAUAAAACAAAAUAUGAUUUUAGAAGAAAGUAAUAUGAUAUUAUUAUUCAUAUUUAAGGAAUAAAUUUGAAAAGCAAAAUGAAUUGGAUUAUAAAAAUAAAAGAAAUAAUAAAUCUUUUGAUUAGAAUUCUUUGGAUUUCGAAUAUGAAAAUUAUUUAGAGUAAUUAUUAAGUAUUUAAUAUAAUGAUAAUUAGAUGAUUAUAUGGAACUGAAAGAAUAAAGAAGAUAAAUUAAAUAAUGGUUUUCAAAAAAAUAAUAAGAAGAAGAUGAAUUACGUGGUUAUGAACAUAUUCCAAUUAAUAGUGUUCAUUCAACAAGUCGUUUUCCUUGUUAAACAAUAACAAUUGAUGAUAAAAUUGGAAAAAUUAAUUAAGAAAGACAAAAAUAAUUAAGUUUAAAUAAUGCAGAAGUGAAAGAAGCUUUGUUAUUUGAAUUAGAUAGAAGAUAAUGGGAAUAAAUAUCAUAAGAAAGAAGAGAAAAAUAUUAAUAAAUUAGAUCAGCUAAAGUAAUGAAGAUAAAAAUGAAAGCAUAAGAAUUAAAUAAAAAAGCUAAAAAGUAAUGUGAAAAAAGGAGAAAGAUGAAAGAAGAAUAAAUAGAAUAAGAUUUAGCAAAAGCAAAGGAUUAUCAAGAAAAAUAGAAUCAGAUGUACUUUUCCAAAAUUAUAUUAGAGAGAAUAAAUUAACAACUUUUAAAUCUACUAUAUAAAUGGAGAAGAUUGAGAGAAAUAAAAAAUUAGAAGAAAAAAUAUUAUUUAGAAAAUCAUUAUUAAAACAUGAACAAUCUGAAACUCAAUUAUAAAAUAUUAGAAAAGAAACAUAAACAGAAGAAAACAGAGUUAAAUCAGUUGAAAGAUAAGCUAAAGAUAGAUAAGAUAAAUAAUGGAGAUAUGAAUAAUAAUUAAUAAGAAUAUAAGAAAAAAGUUAAUAAUCUAAAGCUAUGUGGGAAUCAGAUAUGUGUAAUAAUUUUGGAUAGAAAAUGAUCUCUAUUGAAGAAUAAAGAAAAAAGAAUGAAGAUCUAAUAAGAAAAGAAAUUAAUAAAAUGUCUAAAGAAAGAAAAGAUAAAUUUAAAAAACAUUAAUAAAAUUUAGAAUAAGUUUAAGAGGAAGAAAAGUAUUUAAUAAUAUUAUUUAGAAUAGACAAUGGUAAUUAAAACUAUAAGAAAAAUUGCAAAAUAAGGAUGAAAAUACUAAAAAACUUAAAAUGAGUAAACUUGAAGAAAUUAAAUAAUUAAGAGAAACUAAUGCCUAAAAUUAAAAAGAAUAAUUAUAAAAAUUAGAAUUAAGAAAAAGAAAAUAAGUAAUUAUUACUUACUUAUAAUAAGUUUAGUUAAUAAGAUUUCUUAUUGGAAAGAUCAUUAAAUGCUUAAAAAAAAUUAGAAUAAUAAAAAAAUGAUUAAGAGAAAGUACUUUUUUAUUUAUUGACUUCUAAAUAAAAAAUGGAGUCAGAAAUAAGUAAUAAAUAAUCAAAAUUAAAAUUAAUACAUUAAUAAUCAUCAAUUUAAUUAUUAGAGUAAGAAUAAAUUUUUAAAUUAAAUAGAUAAUUGA